AUGUUGACUGAUUCUAGUACUCGUUAUUCCUCACCGCAUUCCAGCCGCUCGAUCAUACCCUCGAAGCAAGCUGCUUCGGAGGCAACUACAGCGCUCGAGCAAUACUUUAAUCCACGAAUGGUUUAUUUAUGGCUGAAAAAUCUUGAAGCGAUUAUACAUUUAUCACAAGCUUUGAACGAAAAACUAAAUUCUGAUUUUAUUUCACUGGAAUGGGCACAACAUCGUGAGGUUAUGAAAUCAACACUUAGAAACAUAAAACACACUCGAGAAAUAACAACGGAUUUGAUUAAUAGAGAAAUUUCAUUAAUAUCAAGUUAUGUUACAGAAUACAGCUUUAGUUAUGAACUAAUUCAAGCUAUUGGUAUAAUAAUUUUUAGACCUCCGAAAUAUGUAAAAACUAUUUGGGAUACAGUAGCUGAAGUUGUAAAUAAAUCUCAUUCUUCUCAACAGAAUGUAACUUUAGAUUUAUCAGGAACGGGUCUUCCUAAUAACAAGAUAAUCCCUGCAUGUAUAAAAGAAGCUUUUGAUGGGUUAACUCAAAUUGAAAAUAAGAUUGAUCCUUGGGAUUCAAGGCUCGAAGAGCUAUGGAAUACUGAUAUUAAACCACCUCAAAAAGACUUAUUACCUUAUAGUGUAUAUAACGAUGUCGACGAUGAUAAGAUACCUUAUUUGGAGUUUACAACUGAAAAUUUUAAGCAUUGGGGUGUAAAGGAUCCUGCCAAAGAAUUUAGUUAUGGGUGUACUUGUCGAAAUAAUUGUCGAGACCUUGAAGCAUCUGAUAUUGGUGCCAUUUAUGAAUGUAACUCUUUUUGUGGUUGUGAUUAUACUUGUCCUAAUAGAAAUAUUCAAAAUAAUAACAGGAAUGAUAAAAAUUUACAGAUAUUUAAAACUUCAAAUAGAGGGUGGGGUGUAAGAACUUUGAAACCAAUAAAAGAAGGUUCUUUUGUAACAGAACAUGUUGGAGAAAUUAUAAAUUCAAGAACUUCUAUGUUAAGAUCCAUAUGUUAUGACAAGUUAAACAUGAUGGCUUAUUUUGAUUUGGAUUAUGGUUUUGAUAGUGAAAGAGGAUCAAAGGUUCUUUGCUUUAAUAUUGGUGUUAAUAGUCUAGACUCAAACUACUGGUGUAAUAUAUCAAGAUUUAUGAAUCAUUCUUGUGAUGCAAAUCUUUUUUUUGUAGAAACUAAAGAUAUGAGAUUUCAAAGAAUUGGGUUUUUUGCACAAAGAGAUAUUUCUAAAAAUACAGAAUUAACUUUAGAUUAUAGAAUUCAAAAUCAAAAUCCGGAGUUUAAAUGUUUAUGUGGUUCCAAAUUUUGUAGGAAAGAAAAAUUGGGGCUUCCAUAUCAGGCACGGUACGCCGAGUACUUACAAGAUAAACCGUGGUACAUUGGACUUUAA